AUGGACGGGGCGCGGCCGGUGGACCUCGCCAGGCACCCGUCCGGCAUCGUCCCCGCCCUCCAGAACAUUGUCUCAACAGUCAAUUUGGACUGUCAGUUGGAUCUGAAAAUGAUUGCUCUACAAGCUCGUAAUGCAGAAUACAAUCCAAAGCGUUUUGCUGCAGUUAUCAUGAGGAUAAGGGAGCCGAAGACAACUGCUCUGGUGUUUGCUUCAGGGAAGAUGGUUUGCACCGGAGCAAAGAGCGAAGAACAUUCAAAGCUUGCUGCAAGGAAGUAUGCACGAAUCAUCCAGAAGCUUGGGUAUCCAGCCAAGUUCAAGGAUUUCAAGAUCCAGAAUAUGGUUGGCUCUUGUGACGUGAAAUUUCCAAUUCGUUUGGAGGGCUUGGCUUAUUCUCAUGGUGCCUUUUCUAAUUAUGAGCCCGAGCUCUUUCCUGGGCUGAUUUACCGUAUGAAGCACCCCAAGAUUGUGCUCCUCAUUUUUGUCUCUGGAAAGAUUGUUCUCACUGGAGCCAAGGUGCGCGAAGAGAUAUACGCCGCCUUUGAGAAUAUCUACCCUGUGCUAACUGAAUACAGGAAAUGUCAGAAAUGAGAGGAGGAAGUCCAUCAUCCAAAUGGGACUUCAGCGAUUACUUCUGUAUCAACAGAGGAGGAAGUCUAUCAGCCAAAUGUACAUGACAGACCUGACUGCCAGAUUUUCAGACAUGAGCUGCUGCUCGCGUCAUAUUCUAAUUUCCUGUUUGUUCUUGGGAAGUCUGGGAUAGGAGAGCAACAGAGGCAACGAAAAAAAAAA